CAGAAGAAAGGAAUGGCCGACCAAGCGUGCCAGGCCUUACCAACAGAGGGAUGGAACAUUGUAUUGACGACUUUUCUGGGUCUUUUUAUCUCCUUUAUCGCUUCUACAACAAACGCAUUAACAAUCCUUGCAAUCUUCAAGAAAAGAUCACUCCAUUUUGUCACAUAUUAUUUCAUUGCUUCUCUAGCAGUUGGUGAUUUCCUUGUCGGAAUUGUCGCCCUUCCACUUUGGAUAGCACGGUCUCUUCUAAAAGUCGCCGACGAGGAGGACCCAUUAAGUUUUGCUGUGCGCUGCUUUUACUUUUUUUUCGUCGGGAUUUCGACGUAUAAUUUGUGCACUCUCAGCUUAGAAAGAUAUGUUGGUGUUAUCUUGCCUUUACGCUAUAACGAAAUAGUAACCGUUCGACGUUUUCAGUACGCGGUAGCGUCGGUGUGGGUUCUGUCAGGCAUCACCGCUUGCCUUUGUUUCGCCAUUCAUGAGGAUACCUACUGGUUUGUGGCCGUUUUUGCAGUGUUCUUUAUGCCGGGAAUUGUUAUUUCGUACUGCUAUGUCUGUAUAUUUAAGGAAACAUAUCGUCACCCGAGAGCCAAUGAACAGCUGCAAGCCGGUUCGGGAUCAACAAACCAAACGCACAACAGAAAGGCGUCUUUAACGAUUGCAGUUGUUAUUGGCGUAUUCUACAUGACAACCUUGCCUGCUCUGGCUUUUUCCAUCCAUGAAGUUGUUUCAGGGAAGAAUGCUCCGUGCCAAACGAAGAAAACACUCGAAUCCUGGGGAACAUGGGCGCUGUUUUUCGCCUACUCCAAUGCAGCUAUCAAUCCAUGGAUAUAUGCUGUUAGAAAAAGAGAAUUUAGAGAUGCUUUAAAAAUCUUGAUGUUCUGGAAACACUAGGCAGGACUUGGACGAUGUCUUUGCUAAUCACAUGAAGGAAACAGAGAGGGAAGAAGAACAUGCCUCGAUCUGACUGAAACAGCAGCUGGUUUAGAUAUCUUCAAUUUCUUUGAUCAGUUAGCGAGCACAGAAACAAAGCCGUAUGUUAAUUAUUUCUUCGCGAACGGAGCAAAACUUUUUUGCGUCCUAAAUCAAGCCUUAGCCUGGUCCACAGAAACUUUUGUGUUGUUUUAAACAACCCUUAUCUCUUUAUCUGGAAAGAAAAGUUCAGUUGCCUGCAUACAUUAUGGUUCAUUAUUUACUUUGAAGCAGACCAAUCAUAUAAAUACCGAAAAGACCAUAUUACUAAUGGCUUUGAAUAAAGUGACAUUAGAUUCUAGGGCUGACGACGUUCUAAGAUAUGAAAUGGACAGGUGAGAGUAGAAAAUAGAAAACUGAGAAUAAUAAUCGAUUAGCAGCUGCAUUGAACUCUAUUUUGUAUAUAUUAACUUACUGGUAGAGUUCGACAGCUCUGUCUCAGAACGGUUCGACUAAGUCGGGUAGCUUUGGCCCUUUUACUCGCCCGAGUGACCAUAUUUAUACAUUAACGAGCAGAAAAGUGACCAGAAAAAAGAAAAAUGUCAGUAAGGGGAUGAUUGGUUGAUCCAAAACCAAAUCCUCUGAGAUAACAUCAUUGGAAUUGUAUGGCAGAAAGAAAGGAGAAUUACUACUGAGAUCUAGGGAGUGAAAUUUAACUCCAUCGUUUUUUCAGCUGGCCUGACUCUGGAUUAGAUGAUGAUAAGUGAAAACAAUGAAGGAAAAGACAGAAAAAUCAUCGAAGGAGAUUUUCGUUUAUUUGCUA